ACGUUUCAAGGUUUAUAUUUCGUGGAGUAGUUCCUAAAUGAUUUUUAGAUCAACAUUAUUUUGAGAUGCGUACGUUGUUGUGUUUGUCCUUAAAAAGGACAAACACACAGUGCUUUCCUUUGAAAAUAUGUGGAAGACAACUUUCUCUAAGGUGUCAAGCUGUUGGACCUGCUAUCGAUGAAAAAGAAGACACAGAAACCUAUGAUAUUGGACAGACAUUCAUCAACAAGACAUUUGGAUACAGGGGUGUAAUUUUUGGUCAGAAUCCAGCCACUCUUCAUAUAACAGAACCCCCAGAGCAGAACCUAGAAAGUUUAAAAACAAAUGGGUUCUUUGGAGGCAGAAAGAAAGAGAAGAAACAUAAAUAUUACCAUGUUUUAUGUGAUGAAAGAGACGUUCGUCGUAACGAUGUUAGUAUACAACGGGUUUAUGCUGCAAGUGAUGUGACCAACAAAAUGAGUAAAUUUUUAGUCCAUGUAAGAGGUGUUGAUCUUGUUCCACAUGAAGAUGUACUUCCUUAUCAAAGCACAGAAAAUCCCAUCAUAGAAAACAAGCUGUUUGCUAAAUGGCAGACAAACACUGCUGCCUUUAUUGAGGAAAUAAGUACUUUAUCAUUUAUGAGGAUAACCAGUGUCUUUCAAGAAACAACUGAGAACGUUAGAGUGACUGUGAUGCCAUUUUAUUUGAAGAAGUCGGAUUAUAUACCAGGAUAUUUCAGUUUUAACAGCCGGCGACCAGAAAAGGCAGGACUCACAACAGACACAGGAGGCAAACAUUAUUGGCGAUAUGUCAUAAGAGUUGAUAACUUAAGAGAUGAUGUCAUUCAAAUCCGGAACCGUAAAUGGACAACUUUAAGUAUUCCCAACUCGCAGAGAUGUUCCCCUCUCUCACAAGGAGUGGUUGGGAUGCAACCUAAGAUUAAUCCUGGCAGGACCUUCCAGUAUUGGAGCAAUGUAGAGCUGGACGCUCCCAGUGGGGCAAUGUGGGCCACAUACGGUGUAGAAAAGGAAGAUGGCGGAAUGUUCACCGUAAAAGUUCCACGAGUGAUGCUGGAAUCCAGGAAAGAUAAGGACGAUUUCCCUAAUAUAUCACCGCCAGUCGGAAUGGUGUGAACCGAACGUGUAUAGUUUUCAAAACAGUUUCCUUAUUGUAUAUCCUAGUAUUUUUUGCGUACUAGACAAUAUAAAUCAAACUGCAUUUUUGAUGCAGGUAUUUAUUUCAAUUGCCAUAGUCUGGCGUCUGUAUUUCUGAUAUUUUGUUAAUCCAAAUGAAUUAAUUCGAUGAAGUGGCCUGGUUACCACAAACAAUAGAGAAAAAAAUGAGUUACAAAGUGUUUUUUAACAUACAUGUAGAUUUGUAAAGAUGAAAAUGAUGCAAUAAAAUAAUUUUAAUAGUUUCAAAAGGUUUUUCUAUUAUUUUUGGUACUAUAGCGAGGGGCUAUAUAUUU